UUUUAGGUUUACCGCACCACAUAUAAGGUGUUGUUCAUUGCAGUUUUAUGGACAACGAGACGAAAGAUGACAGCGAUCCUGUAUUUGAUCAGGAUACUGGCCUUCUCGAGUAUAUCGAGGCUUGUACCGCAUGUCCAACAACAAGUAGCAAAACAAAGAAGGUGUCAUCGGUGAUAAAAGAAAAACCAGCUCGACGUUGGAAAUCAAUAAAUUCGCAGUACUGCAGUGCCUGCAUGGAAGGUGGUGAGCUUUUAUGCUGUGAUCGUUGCCCAGCAUCAUUCCAUUUAAUGUGUCACGAACCACCUAUUGAACGAAGUUCUAUCCCAAGUGGAAAAUGGCUAUGUAAUCGUUGUAUGCAUGCAGUGGCACAUGAUACCAGUCCAAAGAUAAUCAAAAAAGUACCGAAAUUGGAUGUUGAGCACUCCUCAUUGGAUGUACGCCGAAGUCAUGCGAUUUCUGGUAUUAAGGAACAAAGUGCAGACCGUAGCCUUAGUGCAUUAGCAGUACUAGCUGAUGCAGCUUUGGCUGCAAAUGCUGAACAGUUCUCCUUACCGCAUGAUUUAUCUUGUGAAAUUCCACCUUUACCGUUUGAUGAGCGGUUAACAUCCACACAAUUAGUGCCGCCGCCGAAAGCAAUCUGUCAUCUUUGUGCAUCGAGAAAUGAAAAGUCGACAAUUAUUCAGUGUGAUUUUUGUUCACUCUGCUAUCAUCUUGAUUGCCUUACACCUCCUCUUCCUUCAGUACCGAAAGAUAAAUGGAUGUGUCCAGCUCAUGUGGAACAUAUUUUGGAUCGAAAAUUAGCAAAAACACUUUCUUUGCGUAAACGAUUACUUAUCUGGCGGAAGUAUGCUAGACAGCCGAGAAAUGGUCCAUAUUUUUCCGUUCCUGACUGCAUCAAGAAAUUGUAUGAAACACGAUGGAACCGGUGGAAAAAAGAUGAGUUACCGAGUGAAAAGGAGCAAGAUUUAUGGUUUGAAAAUAUUGUGCGUAUGCAGAAAAUGCAGGUUGAACUAGAUUUAUCCAGAGAUUCAAGAGCCGAUUUGAGUGAAAAGCAGGAUGAAAAUGCUUCGGAGAAAAUGCCGGAUAUCACAAGAGAAGUAUUGAUUGUGGAAGCUGGAGAGACGGAGCAGCAGCAUCAAUCAAAAUCACAAAACGAUGUUCAUAUGCAAUGUUAUGGUUUGGCGAAUUUCAUAGAACCAUCGUUGUUAAAACGCAUUCGACGCGGCUGCCUGUCGUUGAUGGAAAAUUCGCAGAGUGUGGAAUAUCGCAUUAUUGGUUCUCUUGCUUGUCAAAGACUGGAGCAGUUACUAUGUGCCGCGGAAAGUUCUCGCAAUAUUACGGAGUUGAAAUUUGAAAAAAAAAUUUUACAUAAUGAUAUGCCAGUGCUAGCUGUAUUAAAAGCCAGUGGCAUGGAUGCUUACCCUAUACAACAAGUGAAAACAACUAUAGGCACCGACUCAUCUUGCGAUUUCAAUCUCAGAAAAGUUGCACCGCUUUGUCGUGCAAUCGCUGGACGUCAUGCUGUAUUACUAUUUAAUAAAGUUUCUCGACGAUUUGAACUCCUUCUGAAGCAUGGCGAUCGUUUUCGUGUUAAUGGAAUAACGUACAGAAAUAGUGAUGAUUGCACUACGAAUAUUCUUCUUUGUUCAUGUACAGCCUCCAGCAGUGCGAACUACAGUCAUGAAAUUGCGUACCUGCAUCACGGAAGUAUCAUUGAUAUCGGUUGUACGCGACUGAUUUUUGCAUCGUUCUUUUAA